UUGGCCGGUCACCUGAAUGUCUUUGUAGAAAAAGUCAAGGAGUGUUGUUCGAUUCUCGUCAGUUCUAAAUUUAAUUCUCAGCAUAUUCUUUUGACUUUGAGGGAAGAAUUUGAAUACAAUGAGUGGGCGAACGAAAAGGACUAAAUUUAACAUAACAGAACUGGACCACGAAUUUCACUACUUCAUCAAGAAUAUGAGUUGUAGGGCCGUGAUGAGACUUCCGUACAACUAUCGCUGCAGGAUGGCCACCCAAGUGAGUGACUGCAAGCGCAUUAUAAACUUUUUCAAUUACUUCAGGAUGAUGUACUGCUCAAUUGACAUCGAUGACAAAGCAACAGAGGUCCUGUUCAUGUUGCUGUUUGCCUUCAUAUGUGUGGCGUUUCUGUGGCUGAUGUCCUUCAAUAUUGGUACCUAUUUUUCUCCAGUCCUCAAGAUCAUCUCGCUAAAGCUGCACAUGAAUGAGUACCUGGCAGGAGUUACCUUUCUGGCUUUUGGUAACUGCAGUCCAGAAAUAAUAGCUAAUCUGAUGCCCGUGAGGGCCGAUGCACCCAUCUUUACCAUAACUGUGGGUAAUACUCUGGCCAUCAUUCUGCUGAGUGGAGGUACAGUGUGUUUUCUGAGACCCUUUAGGAUGAACGGACAUUCCACUCUGCGAGAUCUACUGUUUCUUCUCCUGGGUGUGGAGGUCCUGAGGUUUGUGAUGAUCAAGGAGGGAGCAGUGACCCUGGGAGAGGGUAUAGUGCUCUUCUUAAUUUACGUUGUUUACGUGGCUAUUAAUAUAGCUGAUUUGGCGUUGCUGCGGUACUACAUCAGAAAACUUCGAAGAGAACUGGACUAUUUGGAGGGCCUAACUCCUCCACCAAUAACAGAAAUAAAUGCAAAGAUAAGAAAGCUAAUAUCUUGGGAAGAGCAGGAUGACAUUGGGAUUAAGGACACCACAAAGUACCGUCGGUCCAGAGACACGGGAAACCACUUCUCAAAUAUGACCAGUAGUGGCUACUUUGUAACCCCCAUCCCAGAAAGACGAUCCGAACACGUUGACUACGAGUUAAAUCGCACAGCGCUCCAUGACUCGGAGAAUCCUAAAAACCUACAACUUUUCACGGAGUUCUUCCAGUCUCUCAAUCCCGUUGAUGCAGAGGCGUGGCAGCUGGGUGGGUGGAGCAAUCGAAUAUACCUGAUUGCCAGGUGCCCCCUGGUGUUCGUACUGCAGCUCUUCAUACCCGUGGUGGACUACGAAAAGAUCAAGCACGGCUGGAGUAAGCUGCUCAACUGCACGCAGAUCGUGACGAAUCCUUUCGUGGUCAUUACCCUGGUGCACUGUAGCUGGGGUGUCCAGCGUCUACAAAACCUGGCACAUAACCCUCGACUUCAGCAUCUCCAUGUGGUCGCCGUGCCUUACAGUCCCGCUAGCCAUUGUGAUCUUCCUGCACUCUCGAACGGAUGUGCCGCCCAGCUAUCACCACCUGUUUAUUAUCCUCACGUUUUUCAGUUCCAUGGUGACGCUCUGGCUCGCCGUCACAGAACUGGAAGUGCUCUCCGAGAUUGUGGGCAUCGUAUUCAAUCUGUCCGAGAGCUUCAUGGCGGUCACCUUUGAGGCUGUCUCCAAUGCCACUCCGGACAUUAUAGCCAAUUACCAGCUGGCCUUGCAGGGCUAUGGGCGGAUGGCCUUCGCCGCCAUAAUAGGAGGUCCAGUUUUUGCGAUUUUGGUUAGCAUGAGCUUGGCCUUUAUAUUCAAUCACAGAGUACGUGAAGUGGGCGCCAAUUCGUGGGUGUACGGCGAUCUGGGCGACAACUGCUACCUCUUUCUGGUAAUAACCAUUGUGACCACAAUGUGGUGGAGCGUCACCUUCGAUUUCCACGCUCGUAGAUCCGCUGGAGUUUUCCUGUGGCUCGUUUACUUGCAGUUCCUCUUAUAUGCGGUCUGUGUGGAGUGGGAUGUUGUUCAUGAAUUUUCCAGAGAUCAGCACUUUAAGCCAAUAUGAUUUGGAAUAUACAUAUGGUCUUGAUAUGAGAUAUGUUAUUAAAAAUGAAACAAGUGAAGGAAGCUCCUUAACCAGCAUAGCUCCUUUCAAUAAUAUUUAAUCACGUAUCGUUUACACUAAGUAUAUUUCAUGGAUUUAUCUCAGCUUUGAUCUGAUCCCUGGUACUGCCAAAUAUGAUUGCUUUGAAAAUAUACCAGCAUAAUUGGGAUUUUGCGUCAGCAAAGGUACUGACUAAUUAAGUGAAUGAAGAGGAAAUGCUUUCGAAAGGCGUCGGCAAAAGGCGAAACACUGACAGAGGUCCAUUGAAAUGCAGAAGGAGACUCCCUUGGCAAUCUGUCCUGCCCCGACGCUCCACUUCUCCCUGCAUUUUUCCACAGAAUAAAAGCGUAUUGCAUAAUGAAGGGAAACUGAUGGCAACGAAACGAUGGGGAAAGCUCCGUGUUAAUUACGGUUAAAGUGUCUGGAGGAGGUUGGUGUCCCGUCAACUUUCAUGGGACGGACGAGUGAUUUGUGCGCCAAAGAUACUCCAACUGAUACUUCAGCUUUGUAGAUAAACAAAGACAAUCGAUCAGAGAAUGUUUUAACGGAGUGCAAAGAUAUUACUGCCAAAUAUAUUCCUAGCUUAAACUUUAAAGUUAUUUAACAAAUAUAGACUACUUGGAUUUGUACAAUAGUUGAUGCCCAAGGUUG